AUGAACCAAAGUGUACCAGCAGUGUACCAAGUUCACUGAUAGCACUGGAUUGGGUGAGAUGCCAGAGGAUCCUGCUGCCAUCCAGAGGGCCCUCAGCAAGCUGAGGACACCCUAGAAGUGCCAGGUCCAGCUCUGGGCUCCACAGUGCGAGAAAGACAUGGACAAACUGGAGAGAGUCCUGCAAAGGGCUAUGAAGAGAAUGAAAUGACUGAAGCAUCUCUCCUAUGAGGAAAGGUAGAGGGAGGUGGGGCUGUUCAGCCUGGAGGAGGCUCAGAGGCUCUCGGUGGUGCCUCCUGACAGGACAGCAGGCAAUAUUUGCAUUUUCAGGCUAAACAGGGAGGAAAUCCUAGCCAGUUUCAGUGGCUGGUCAGCGUGGCAGCCCUGUUUGCCUCUGACAGCUUCUGUGCACAACUGGAAAAUGCCAGGUGGAAGUGCUUCUGCUUUCACCCGUUUUCCUGCUUUUGUAGAGAGUCUGGUGUCUGAGGAUAGUACAUCAUGCCCACAGUCUGCACCGAGCAGUGUCUGUGCCCAGCUGCUGCCUUCACCCCCUCCCUGCCACAGCUGGAGCACUGUGUUUGCUGCAGGGAAACUGAGGCACGAACUGCUGCCACUCAGGAGGCACCAAAACCCUCCUGGCCACCCCAAGCCCGCGGUCCCCAUGGGGCUGUGUGCCUGGCAAUUUCCUGCAGCUUCCGAUGUGGUGCGGGGCUGAGUUAUGCCUGGACUUCCCCACACUCGCCAGCACCUCUGUGCCACUCGACGUGGCAGCAGUGUGUGCCCCCAUUGGAGGGGCUCACGCCAAAGGCAGUGCCAGCACCCCCUGGUAUCUCCGGGGUGCUGAGUGCACUCGCCCUGUCAAGGUGGGAGGCAGAGCAGGCAGCAGGAGGCGGCGCUGCUCAUACCUGCCGCACCUGUGGCAGCGGGAUUCCCUCCGCCGCUGCUUUCGCUUUCCUGUUUCCAGAGCCAUCAAGCCACGGAUUUUCCUGCCAACCUGAAAGCAGAAUCAUGCUGGGCAGGCAGCAUAAAAAGCCGGGGAGAUGGGGCAGCCAGGCAGCCACAGCAAACGAGAUAAAACAGAUCCCUGGAACCAGCCACGAGUACAGCAGCCCCUCUGCCAAGAGAGCCACCCGCAGCAACGCCGUCAGACGUCUCUCCAUCAGCAAUUCAGCCCAGAGUACUCUGGUUUAUCCUCUCCAGAUUCUUGCACUGCAGCCCAUUCAUCCCAUCGUAACCCACUCACCGUCAGACUCUCAUUGGCAAAAUGUUGUGCCUCAGCUUCACCUCACUGCUUGUGCUGGUGCUGGGGGUCAGCCUUGGGGCUGCCUUCCCCCAGGGCGCCCUGAAGAAGAGCUGCAGCUUGUCCAAGUACAAGUUCAUCAUGCGCCAUGAGAUGAAGGCUGCACGGAAGAUGACGGAGCAUUUUGAGAACAUCAAGCUGCAGUCGGACCGCAAAUGCAACACUCGGCUCUUCCAUCGGAAAUGGAAAAUAGCGGAUCUGUCGGUGCCUGACAGAGUGAUCCUGGUGGAAGCUGAGCUGAACCUCACCAUUGCCAUGCUGGAGCUCCCCACCGUCCCCAGUUUUGAUGAGGCACGCCAGCGGCCCCUGGCCUUCCUCACCCAAGUCCGGGAGGAUCUGCGAGGCUGCAUGGCCAUGGAGGCCACUUCACAUCAGCCCUCGGGGAGACUGAGGCACUGGCUGCAGAAUCUGCAGACAGCCAAGAAUACAGAGACCACGGGCUGCCUGGAGGCCUCUGCCAUCCUCAACAUCUUCCAAGUGCUGGAGGACCUGCGGUGCACAGCCCGCCGGGAGCAAUGCACUUAGCCCCAUCAGCACUGCAGCCGGCAUGGUGCUCAAUUGCCCCAAAGGAUGCCCCGAGGACCUGGAAAAAUUAUUUGCGUUGCAUCAUUGGACUGUAUUUUCUAUUUAAGCAUUUUUCUUAGUUAUGUGAGCUCAGAGAGCUUUUUUUUUUCACAGUCUUUUAAAUUAUUGUGUAUUUAUAAAUGGUUCAGGAAGAGAUAAAGAAAUGCUGUUCCUGAAAGAUACUCAUCAUCAGGGAUUAAUGUAUUUAUUAGAUGUACUUGUUUUGCUAGUUUUCAAAAUAUUUACUGUUUUUAAGAAAAUAUAUUUUUGUACCUUCUAUUUAUUACAGACUAUAUUAUGUAUAUUUGCCUAUAUAAAUUAUUUUUUUACAUGCUAUUUAA